AUGGCCACGACGGAUGCACAAUCAAUUUCAUCUGCUGAUGGUUCGGCGUUUACUUGGUUGCUAGAGCAUGUCAUGGCAUACCCAGGCACUUACGAAAUACCUCUAAGGACCAUGUACACCUUGAACGCCACGACUCAUGCACGAAAAGACCCUUUGCCCUCAGGCAUGGUUGGGAAUGCCUUUCCUAGUAGCAACGGUCCAGACAAUGCCAGCAUGACCACAGCGACAGCAGCAGCUCAAUUGAAAGCUAAUCUCAUGACCCACAUUGCCCAUCAACCGGCACAACCACAAUCGUUACCUCCCAGUUUCAUCACUAGCUUCGUCCGACGCUGUUUCUCCCCCGACCUGACGCAAGUCGACUUCCCUCAAGCAUUGACUGCUCUCGACUACCUCAAAGACCUAGAAACGCGAAGGAGGAAUGAGAUUCUGGCUGCCCUCUCGCACUUGGGUGUUCAGCCAGCCGACGUCCACGAUCGGGAGAAGAUCAGACAGGACUACCCGAACGCUCACCGCUGGAUCGAGGACAUGGAGGAGAAGGAGCGUAAGAUCAGGUUCCUCUAUACUCACGUUUACCUGGGCCUUAGACGGUGGACAUUGGUCAAUGAGAUGUCUUUGAAACCCUUUAACAAGCACAACUGCCUGUCGAUGCUCAAUACACUCUACCCUCCUGUCUUAGCAGGGUCGCCAUUCGUCCCGGUCACUCCACAAUUAACGCAGCAAAUUCUCGCAGCUCAACGCAAUCAGUUCUUUCGCUAUGUCACUGCGGUCGAGAAACAUGGCACCAGUGUUCUCAAGACGGUCAUGUCUCAAGCCGCACGACCAGGAGAGCAGACUGGCUGGCCAAAGGUUCGUGAAGACCUCGACAAGUACCUCCGAAUGGCCAACCUAAUCAUCGACGAAUGCCUCGACACUACAGGGCGAUCAGUGUCACCAAGAAGUGCUGCCUUCCCUUCCAAUGUCAUGGACGACGAGCAUAAACGCAAGGUUGACUCUGGCAUCUCAUUCGGCUCUGGUUAUGCCUCAAAUAGAAGCUCGGGUCAAAGCCAUAUGACACGACCAAGCACAAGUAGCAGUGCAAGCAACCAUAGUAGGCAAACUUCCAGAGACAAACCAUUGGAAAAAGCACUACCGGCAGCUCCUGAAGAAGCUGAAACUGCAACACCCAAACCAGCAGGGUCUGCUUUGGAAAGAAUCGCAAGAGAACUCUACCGAAUCGGAAGCCGCACUAAUAUGCGUGACGAUGCACAGUCUCGACCUACGGUUCGGACGAAUAGCGACGACGCUCCAGUAGCAGACUCUGAACCUACAUCACCAACACCGGGUCGUACCUUGCGAUGGAAGCGCAGCCUCAAGAACAUACGACCUAGCAGCCGUAUACGAUCCGACAGCACAUCAAGACCUGAGAGUCGUAACGGUUCGGUAGGCCAAACGAGCGAGGUACCAAACUUCGACCCAGAGGUCAUGCGACGACAGAGGGAAGCUUGGGAGGCACAACAUUCUCGUCCGAAAUGA